AUGAAUAAAUGGGGAGCAUCAUCGAGAACGACACGUUUGACUUGGUGAACCUACCUCCAGGGCGUAAGGCGAUCUCUUCCAAGUGGCUCUUCAAGCGCAAGACCGACGCCGACGGCAACAUCGAGCGUUACAAGAGCAGACUUGUAGCCAAGGGGUAUCAGCAGCAAGAGAAGAAGGACUACAAUGAAGUAUAUGCCCCUGUGGUGAAGGGUACAACCCUUCGAACCCUCUUCGCCGCGGCGGCCAUCAAAGAAUGGGUGGUGAAGCAAAUGGAUAUAGUAACGGCCUUCCUCAACGGCGUUUUGGAAGAAGAGACCUACAUGGAGCAGCCAGAGGGUGCUUGUGUGUGUGUUUGAAUGGUGUAUCACAAUGUGGUUUGUGUCGGUCAAGACAUUAGCGAGUUUUUACAACUCGCAUGUCAAGUCGUCGUUUGUGUGUCGCAUGUGUUUUUCUAUUUUGUCCAGUGUGCAAUGUCCAUCGUGUCGCAGGUGUGUGCAGCAAGCCCCCAUCAACUCAAGAAGAAUUUAUCUUGCAG